AACUGACCCCUCAUACUUUUGACUGUGAACUGUAAAGUAAAUACAAUUGUUCUAGCUGUAUGCAUAUCCAGGUCAGCUGUGCUGUGGUAUACAUGUACAAGUCCAAUUAUAUCAGUGUUAGAUCAUUAUAGAAAUAUAAGAUACAAACAAGUGGAUAUAUGUAUUAAAGAGGAAAGUAUGGUAGAUGUGUGGAGAGCAGGGAGCAGUAAUAUGCCAAGACUGUAAGAAGUACACAUCUUUUUGACACAGUAUUUCAGAGAGGAAUGUAUGGUAGAUGUGAGGAGAGCAGGGAGCAGUAAUAUGCCAAGACUGUAAGAAGUACACGUCUUUUUGAUACAUCUAGCUAAUGAAAAAAUGUAGGUUUGUUUACAUCAGUGGAGAUCUUUAUACUAACAAUAAAAUGGAGCCAAACGAUUGAUUUACAAGACAGUAAAAAAGUUGUAGUAAAUUUAUAUUUGUAAACCUUGAUAAAGCCCAUUUAGGCGAAAUAUUGGAAUAAAAAGAGUGUUUUUACCAUGAAAAUAAAAUGGAGAUCAGAUCAUGGACUGCAAAAAUAUCAUAAAAUUCCAGUUACAACAAUAUGAUAUUCAACAUGAAAACACCAGACAAUUUAAAUUCGCCAACUGCUUAAAUAAUAUUGAAUGUGAAAAUACCAGACGUUUGUGAGUGGCAAAAUGCUUGAAGGAUAUUAAAGGUGCAAACACCAGACAUAUUGCAGGGGCCAAAUGCUUUGCACUGUCUGAAAACCUGCCAGGGAAGUGACCAAAUUUACACUUUUGACAUCGGUUUUCAAGUGUUGCAUGUUACAAUGUACUUGGGUAUAGUUUGGUGUUUACUCUGUGAAUGUUGCCGGAAUUCCUCCAACAUUUUGUGAAUGUAAUUAAUUACAUAAUUACUCCAGUAUAUAUAUCAUGAGAGAUUGUGAGGCAAGUUCUUGCCAAUUUAAGCCACUAUGAUACAUGUAGUUUGUAGUAAAAUAAGAUUGAGGGAGAAUUGAUUUGUACCAAACAUCAAAAAUAAAUAAUAACAAUGAUGGUGCUGAUGGAAUUCAAUUGCUCUUGAACUAUCCACACAACUCUUGCAGUACAAAGCGCAUAAUUAUAUGUGUGUAAUUAUUGGGCAGAAGCAUCAUAGUAAAGUUACUAAUUUCAGUUUGUAUAUGCUCAAUGGUUGCUUUAAAGGUAAAUGGUCAAGUGUUAAAGGUCAAGUGUUAAGUCAAAAGGUCAAGGUUGAAGAUGUUGGUGAAGGAGUACAGGAUUUCCCUCCCGAUGAGUGUGGAGGAGUACCGAAUAGCACAGCUAUACAUGAUACAGAAAAAAAGUCGUGAGGAGAGUCAUGGAGCAGGUAGUGGGGUGGAGAUCAUCGAGAAUCAGCCGUACACAGAUGGACCAGGCGGCAGCGGCCAGUACACCUACAAGAUAUACCACAUAGGCAGCCACCUCCCAGGCUGGUUUCGCGCCAUUCUUCCCAAGUCUGCUCUGCGUGUAGAGGAGGAGGCGUGGAAUGCGUACCCUUACACAAAGACGCGCUACAAGUGCCCCUUUGUGGAGAAGUUUGUGCUCGAGGUGGAGACCCGCUACCUCAAUGAUGGCGGAGAGAAGGACAAUCUAUUUGGGCUAAAAUCUUCAGAGCUGAAGGAAAGAACUGUUGACUACAUAGACAUUGUUAAAGACACCAUAUCGAGCAGCGACUACAGACGAGAGGAAGAUCCCAAAAUCUAUCAGUCAAAUACGACCCAACGUGGUCCCCUUCAAGACAACUGGCGUGAGGAAUACGCAAAGGCAGCAAGAACCGACCCAAAUAAAAAGAUCAUGACUGCUUAUAAGUUGUGCAGAGUUGAAUUCAGAUACUGGGGGAUGCAAAACAAAAUUGAAAGGUUUAUACAUGACAUAGGUCUGCGGAAGACCAUGUUGCGUGCCCAUAGGCAGGCCUGGUGCUGGCAGGACGAGUACUAUGGUCUCAAACUGGAGGACAUACGGAGGCUCGAACUUGAGACUCAGCUAGCAUUACAGGAGAAAAUGGCUGGAAUCAACGACAAUGAUGAAUUUAUUGACCCGACAAAACAAGAUCAUAAGACUAGUGAUCAUACAAAGAGUGUCAAUAUAACGAGUGUGCAAGAGGACAAUGCCAAUGCUGCUGCCUCACCUACUGUGUCAGUGCCCGUGUCUAAACAGUUUGAUCAUGUAAAAUCACAGACACUCUCAGGCAGACAGAGCCCUUCUCCGUCGCAGGCUACUAUACAUUCAAGCAAAUCCAAAACGAAACAAAUGUCAAGGUCCAAGUCAUCUCUAGAUUCCAGUCAUGUGUCUGAUUGGCGGUUCCAGUCUCUAGAGCAGUUACAAGAGUCCAGCUCUGAUGAAGACGAUGAAUUCUUCGACGCAGAAGGCAUUUUUGGGGAUGUGUGCAGCUCUGAUUUGGAAAUGUCAGAUUCAGAGUUAGACCAAAAUGUAUUGUGGGGGCUUGGAACAAAGUCGUCGUCGUUGGAAAUGCUCUCAGUUUCUAAUGAUGAGUUUGCUGAUGCAAGAUCUCAACUGUCCUUUAAUACAGACAAUGCUGGUGGUCGCAGGUUUGAGAAACUGUGCCAGAAAUACAGCCUGGAGACCGGUCGAAAUGACAAGCAGAGCACUGCACCUUCCCUCUGUAAAACUGAUGUGCUUUUUCUUGUGGUACAUGGAGGCAGUAUGUUAGACACAGCGUGUGACUCAUUCAACACGUCCAAACGAAGUGACUACAACACCUUCAAAACAACUUUUGACACAGUGGUGCGGAACAGCUACCCAGCAGCUAAAGGCCACGUCGCUUUCAGAUUGGUUCCCUGUCCUCAAAUGUGUGCAGAUGCUCUAAAUGUUUUGUCAAGCUUAAGUCCAUUUGGGUCUGACUCGACGCCCCAUCACAUAGAGGGUAACUUGCCCUGGAGUCAGGAGUUUGUUCCCCUGGGAGCCCUGGGCUUGUUCUCGGCCUGCAGCCCCGAGUACCAGGAUCACGUUAACUCUGUGGUUGCCAAGGCAAACCUGGUGUACAUGGACUUCCUGCAGUCAGACGAUGGCAGGGGCUUCACUGGACAGGUUUGUCUUGUUGCUGACUCCACAGGCUCAAUACUGAUGUAUGACGCUCUGUGCAGGUCUCGCAGUCUGCUGAGCAACUGUGGCAGUCACUAUAGCAGCCGCGGUAGUGACCUCAACGUGGGGGCCCUUGGAAGCUCACACACCCUGUGUGAUAAGGAGGACACCAUCAAAGAAGAACCUGAAGUGUGUGAUGAUAAUGUCAAACCAACUACUGGAGAUGCGCAUAUCAAACAAACAAACAAACACAAAACUUCUUCGGAACUCUUACAUAGAACAGUUUCAGAAGGUCAUACGUCAAUGAAAGCCCCGCUACAUAAAACAGACAGUAUGCCGGUUGAAAUGCGGAAACAAGAUGGCAAGUCAGGCUCAGUGCGAGUGCAUGUGACUCAGUCGGCCGAGGCAGCAUAUGAGGGAAGCUGUCGCAGGACAAGUAGUGAGAGUCUGUACGAGAGCAUAAAGUUGGAGUUUGAAGUUGGUGACUUCUUCAUGCUGGGGUCACCUCUGGGUCUGGUGCUGGCAUACAGGAGGAUGUUUGCUGGCCAGAACAAAGAGAUGCCAGAGCGGCCCGAGUGCCAGCAGAUGUACAACCUGUUCCAUGCCAGUGACCCAUCUGCAUUCCGCCUCGAACCUCUCGUCAACUUUACGUUUCGGCAGAUCCCUCCAAUCAAAGUGUCCCGCUACAACAAGUUUCCAAUGGGCCAUGGAGAAUCCAUACAGAUAGUUGAGACCAUGUGCCAAUAUAUCAACAUGUUCCUCGACCAAUACUCCUGUGAACAGUCUGGCGAGAAUUUGGUCGACCAAGCCUCUAUCGGCUCAGAGUUGCUUGUCUCGCUGCAACGCCAGUCGAGUGUGUCUAGCAAUAGCAUCCAAUAUUGCAGCAGUGGCCAAUAUGGAAGCACGUUUUCCAAUAUUGCCAAUGUGAGCAGCAAGUGGUGGGGAAACAAGAGACUGGACUACGUGUUGUACUGCCCUGAGGUGCUUCACUCGUUCCCAGUGAGAGCCCUGCCACCACUGUUCCAUGCCAGCUUCUGGGAAUCAACAGAUGUUGUCGCAUUUGUGCUAAGACAGCUGUUCCAGCAUGACAUAGGGUUCUCCUACCAGAAUGAUGAGUUACAGAACUCUGUCUUUAUGGCCCCUGAUGAGCAGCUCUCACAGCAACCCAAAGAGAAAUGGCAGAAAAGGCGAACUAUGUAUAAAAUAAAGAAUCUGCAGCCUAAUCACCGUGGUAACGAUGUACUGGUUGUUGAAGAUGGUCCUCAAAAGAUAACAGCCAAGUUUAUGUAUGGACCAUUAGACAUGACCUCCCUGUCAGGAGAAAAGACGGACAUUCAUGUGAUGUCUGGAGCUGGUGAGUGGAUGUACAUGGGCACAGAGAUGACAGACGGACAUGGCCGCCUCUCCUUCACGAUCCCCGAGGACAAACAGCUGUGUCAGGGCAUUUACCCAGUCAGACUUGUUGUCAGAGUGGACCAUACGACGGCAGACCUGUUCCUUGCAGUGCUGCCCCCCAAGACAGAGACAGUGAUCUUCAGCAUCGACGGCUCCUUCACUGCCAGUGUGUCCAUCAUGGGAAAGGAUCCUAAGGUUAAACCUGGCGCUGUUGACGUCGUCAGGCGCUGGCAGGAGCUGGGUUACAUGAUCCUGUAUGUAACGGCCCGGCCGGACAUGCAGCAUACCAAGGUCGUUGGCUGGCUGGCACAACACAACUUUCCUCACGGGAUGGUCGCAUUCAUGGAUGGCUUCUCUAAGGAUCCACUCAAACAGAAGUUCAACUACAUCAAGACUCUACAGAAGGACGCCGAGUUGUCAUUGUGUGCUGCGUACGGCUCCAGCAAGGAUAUCAACGGCUAUCGGGAGCUGGGUCUAGACAAGACCAAGAUCUUCAUUGUGGGCAAGUCCAGCAAGAAACAGCAGAACCUUGCCACGUUCAUCAGUGAUGGUUACGCCGCUCAUCUAGAGGUGCUGAUGACCCCAGGUGGCUCCCGGCCGGCGAGUGGCAAUGCUGUGUUCCUCCUGCACAAAGCCUGCUUCUGCCUGCCCUCAGCCAACAAGCGUAACUCCAAGGCCCGCCAGUCCAUGAACCUCAGCCCGUCGGGUAGCCAGAAAGACGGGAUGUUCACCCGCCAGGAGAGCCAUGCCUCCCAGACGCUGAUCACCGUCGGUGAACAGGGAAACACGCUCCUCCAAUCUGUACAGCCCAGCUUUGGUGCAGCCGUAAGGGCCCGCGGUACAUCACCAAGACCAAAACUCUUACUUGAUAAUCUUAAAUAAUUUGAGCUGUUAAUUUUGUAUGACUGUUAAUUCUAUUGUUAUAGUUUUAGUAACUUUACACUUUUCAUAUCUUUUCUAUCUACAUAAUUGUGUUACUGUUAACUUAGUGUUUUGUUUCAUGGCAGCUGAUGGUCUGGGAGACAAACUCUUUGCCAAAACUCUCAAUACGCACAAUAUGAAAUCGCAAAAUAUUGUGUUAAUUCAGAGCAAUAAAUUAUACUUGUAUUACACAUAAUGAUUGUUUACCAAUUGAGUAGUUUGGGGGAAUGAAGCCGUCUGGAGAAAACCACUUUUGCAUGGUUACCCAAAUCAAUGAUUACAAUUCUAAAGCACUUUGAUGCAACUGGCAGAGCUUGUUAAUGCAUGUACAUGCCAC